CGCUGCUGCUCUACUCUUCACGCUUACUUCUUUCAUUGUGUGUGUUGUGGUGUCUCGGUGGUGGUGGUGGUGGUGGAUGAAAUGGCCGAUGUCGAUGCCAAGAAAGUAUGCGGCGUGCCGGAGAGGGUGCAGCUGCAUGUGGCCAUGCUGGCCUUGCAGUUUGGGUACGCCGGAUUCCAUGUCGUCUCCCGGGCAGCCCUUAACAUGGGGAUCAGCAAGGUGGUGUUCCCCGUCUACCGCAACAUUAUCGCCUUGAUCCUCCUCGUUCCAUUUGCCUACUUCCUCGAGAAAAAGGACAGACCGGCUUUGACACUAUCGUUCGUUGUUCAAUUCUUCCUCCUCGCUCUGUGUGGUAUAACUGCAAACCAGGGUUUCUACCUUCUCGGCCUCGAUAACACCUCUCCAACUUUCGCCUCCGCCAUCCAAAACUCCGUCCCGGCCAUCACCUUCCUCAUGGCCGCCAUUCUCAGGAUAGAGAAGGUGCGGAUCGACCGACGCGACGGGAUCGCGAAGCUGAUGGGCACCCUGGCCUGCGUCGGCGGCGCCACCAUCAUAACCUUGUACAAGGGGCCGACCAUCUUCGGCCCCUCGCGCGCCCUGAACGACGCGAGCCAGUCCACCAUGCUCUGGCUGGGGGACGCCAAGGGGAAGAACUGGACGCUGGGGUGCCUGUACCUGAUCGGCCAUUGCUUGUCGUGGUCCGGCUGGCUCGUGCUUCAGGCGCCGGUGCUGAAGAAAUACCCGGCGCGACUGUCCGUGACCUCCUACACCUGCUUCUUCGGGGUGAUCCAGUUCUUGGUCAUCGCCGCGUUCAUCGAGAGGGACGCUGAGGCCUGGAAGUUCCACUCCGGCAGCGAGCUCUUCACCAUCCUCUACGCGGGGUUCGUGGCGUCGGGCAUCGCCUUCGCGGUUCAGAUAUGGUGCAUCGACAGGGGCGGCCCUGUGUUCGUGGCCGUGUACCAGCCAGUCCAGACUCUAGUCGUCGCCAUCAUGGCCUCCAUCGCCUUGCGAGAGGAGUUCUACCUCGGCGGUAUCAUCGGUGCCGUAUUCAUCAUAGCCGGACUGUACCUGGUGCUGUGGGGGAAGAGCGAAGAGAGAGCCUUCGCUGCAAAGGAAGCGGCCCUCACGGCCUCAUCCACCCCCGACCACGAUGGUCUCAGAGCUACUACCGGUGCUGCUUCCUUCAAGGCUUCCUCUCUGAAGCAGCCACUCCUGCCAUCAUCGACAACCCCGGAGAAUGUCUGACAAGGAAGCUCCUCCUAUGUUCAACCAUGAACUAAUCCCCGUUCCAAGCUGUAAGAAAAGGGAAGUUACCGUGCAGUGUGUUAAGAGCAGUCCUAGAGAUGAUGCAGGGUGCUCGGAGAAGACAAGUGCUUGUGGUAUUAAUGGAGAUGUAGUUUGAGGUUUGCCUUUAUGUUUGUUUGCUGCUGCUGUCACCCCUUCCAUUGCUUGUAAACCUGCAAAACAGUUAUCCGGUGAGUUCCUUGCGGUCGGUGAUAGAGAUGAUUCCUUUAAAUGAA